AUGAAAGUAUUAAACCUUGUCAUAAUUUCAAGCCUGUUGCUCAUACAAAUGACGACCCUAAUUCUUGCCGAUGUUGGUACUGCGGUUUCUUAUGGACCUCCAUAUAUACCUACUUCUUGUGAUGGAAGUAGGAGGGACCAGUUUCCUCCAGGAAAUAUAUUUGUGGCAGUGAAUGAAGGGUUAUGGGAUAAUGGUGCAGCAUGUGGAAGAAGGUACAGAGUGAGAUGUGUGAGUGGAAUGAAUAAGCCAUGCAAAGGUGGUAGUAUUGAUGUUAAAGUUGUUGAUUCUAUUACUUCUUGUACAAAGUCUUCAUGCCCCCACACUUUUCAUAUGUCAACUGAGGCUUUUGCAGCUAUCUCACGUUUCCCUAAUGCAAAUAUUAAUAUUGAAUAUAUUCAGUAA